GAGCACUCCGCGGCGGGCGCCGCCUGGGCCCAGUCUGCAGCCGGGCGGCGGGCGCGAUGGGCUCCCGGCUCCUGCGCGGCGCGGGGGCGGCAGCGCGGGUGGCGGGGCGACAGCUCAGCCAGCGCGACGGGGCGGGCGCCCCCCUCCUCCUGCGGCAGAUGUUCGAGCCCACGAGCUGCACCUACACGUACCUGCUGGGUGACAAGGAGUCCCGCGAGGCCGUUCUGAUCGACCCGGUUCUGGAGACAGCGUCUCGGGAUGCCCAGUUGGUUAAGGAGCUGGGCCUGCGGCUGCUGUACGCUGUGAAUACGCACUGCCACGCGGACCACAUCACCGGCUCCGGGCUGCUGCGGACCCUGCUUCCUGGCUGCCAGUCUGUCAUCUCCCGCCUUAGUGGGGCCCAGGCUGAUCUGCACAUCGAGGAAGGAGACUCCCUGUGCUUCGGCCGCUUCGCCUUGGAGACCCGGGCCAGCCCUGGCCACACCCCAGGCUGUGUCACCUUCGUCCUGAACGACCACAGCAUGGCCUUCACUGGAGAUGCCCUGCUCAUCCGCGGAUGUGGGAGGACGGACUUCCAGCGAGGCUGUGCUAAGACCUUGUACCGCUCGGUCCAUGAAAAGAUCUUCACACUUCCGGGUGACUGUCUGAUCUACCCUGCUCAUGAUUACCAUGGGCUUACGGUGUCCACCGUGGAGGAGGAGCGGACUCUGAACCCCCGCUUCACCCUCAGCUGUGAGGAGUUUGUCAAGGUCAUGGCCAACCUGAACUUGCCCAAGCCUAUGCAAAUAGAAUUUGCUGUUCCAGCCAACAUGCGCUGUGGGAUCCAGAACCCCCCUUCCUGACACACUUCUCGGCAGGGUGCUCAUGUCCGUUAAAAAUGCAGUAGGUGGGGUGAGGGGAGAGGUGGCGUCACCACCCACACUCUCCCAUUUCUCGCCUUCCCCAGCUUCUUAAUAAAACGUUUUUUGAAUUUGUGCUGUGAA